AUGAGCAAGCUACCAAUUGCAGCUCCGCUUCAAAAAAAAGAAACCGAUUGGAAUACAGGCGACACGCAUAGGCAUGCAAUGAAUUUACCACCACUACCACAAGAAGAUGGAAUUCCAUCUAUUCCAAGGUCAGCGGCUCUUCCGAAUCUAUCCACCAGAAUUUCUCCCUAUUCCAAUAAGGGUUACGUAGGUUUAUCUGAAAAUGAUUCACGGACAUUAGAAGUAUUGAACAAUAUUUCCAUUACUGUCAGUUCUAUAAUCAACCAAAUCAAUAAACUAUUUCAAAGGAGUAGAGACAAUGCUUCUUUUCUUCAAGAACUACAAACGGUAGUAAAGAGAUUGUCUGAUACCUCCUUUCAAAAUGUGGAAUCUCAAAAAUCUGUCCAAGAUCUUCAUUACCUUUUAGAAACGCAAAUAUCAACACAAAACCAUCAGGUAUCAGAGCUUGUGAAAGACAUGAACAAAGCUACAAGUUUGGAAAUCCGAAAGGAAUUAGGCGUUUGCCUUGCUCAUCUAAAAAAAGGAGCCCUCGACAUCGAUCAUGCUCUCAAUACUUCUUUGCAGAAACAGUCAGAUGAAUUAUUAUCUGUUCAGAGCACGAAUGAGAACCUCAAUUCUUUACAAGGAACUUUACAAGGUAUUUGUGACAAUUUGCAGCAGGUAUUUCCUUCUCAAGAAAAGUGGAAUAGUAUCAAUGCGUCGCUUUUUGAAAGGAACACUGAAUUAGAUUCCCUUGCAAUCAGGAAUGCGGAAUAUACAAACCAAUUGCAUGCUAUUACCCAAAAGCUGAUGAUUACCGACGAAGCUACCGAUGUGCAAAGGGACUUAAUUAGCAAAUUACAGGGCUUCGUGCAUAAUCAAGCAAAUCAAGAGGAUUUAUAUCAAAAGCAAAGCUUGCUGUACGAAAACUGGAAAGAAGUGGUGGCUUCUCACGAAAAUGAUUCUGAUUUACUGCACAAGUUCCAUACAACUUAUAAUGAACUUGAAAAGCUUGUUAAUAGUUUUUCAUAUUUUGCUAAUGGCGAGUAUGCCCAGAGGAUUGAGGACUUGAGAAUGGGUCACGAAAACGUUAGUAAUGUUUUGAAGGAACAUACUCAGGUCCUUCUUAACGUCCAACAGAAUAUGGGUUCCGCUUUAGAAAACCAAGAAAGAAGUAUCGGUUUUUCUUCAAAACAAGAAGCGUUAAUCACGAAGCUCCAAGACCUCAUUGAUCGUUUGUUGUAUCCGGGCCAUUCUGAUAAAAAGGAGCUUCAGACACCAACUUUACCGACCGGUGAAAGUCUUUAUGAAAUUCUAACCCUCCUCCACAGAAAAUUAUAUAUUGAAGAGCCUAAAGAUACGACCUCAAAUAAUCUAAAAGCUAUUACUACCGACCUCAGUAUAUAUCUUAACUCUUUUAAAGAUGAGGUAUCAAGAAUGUCUUCGCUUUACACCGGGUCAUCUUUCUCUUCAAAGACUCUGAGCCUCCUAAUGGCAAAUGGCGAGCAGACGCAAGAAGAAGCUAAUAAAGAAAAUAAUUAUCCAGAACUGAAGGUUUCAAACAAAAAUAACCAGGAACUCCAUGAGCAUCUGAACUCCACGCUUACCCUUCGAAACAAUACACUUUUAGACAAUAUUGCGAGCCUGGAAGUUCGAGAAUCUACCCUAAUUGACAAAAUUUACAAGCUGGAACUCUCUUACACGCAACUAAAUAUGGACUACGAUAAGGUUCAGAGUCACUUUCACUUAAAACAGACUGCCGUUCAAGAGCUUGAGAAUAGAAGUAUCCGUCUUGAAGAACGACUUAGAAUGCUACAAAAAUGGUCUACUAAUUCAUCCGCGCAAGAUAAUAACAAUGCAUCUUCCGAGCCGAUUCCUCGUGUGGUAACUCCUCCACCAAUUGAUCAAUCAAGCUUAACUAAUAAGAAGAAGCGUGUUCCCUACAACACAACAAGAAAUUCGGCGAAUUUGGAGACAUUGGACCAACAACGAACACCCAAUAAGAGGUUCUCAUCAUUUUCGGGCUCCUCGAAAGUGGUGAACCGCCCUGCAACAGCAUCAUCUGACAAAAGAAAGCCAUCUUGGUCAAGACGUUUUGCUGUUGCAUUGGGACUGAGUCCUCACUCAGAAGAAAAGGAGGCAGAGUCGAAAAACGUUCCGAGCAGCAAAAAGAUACCAUCUCCUUCUAAAAACCGCAGUUUGAGCUCCAAAAUGUGA